CAAUCUCGCCUACGUCGUCGACAGGCUGCGGACAGGGCCUCUAUCCCAUCAUGGCGGGCUGCCUCAUGACGCCACUGCGCGCACGUCUGCAAUCAUUGCUUGUAGGAGGACUCCAUCGUUCGCCAGCAUCACAAACACUCAAACAUGUCUGUCGACACUCACUUCAAUCACGCUGAAGCAGCCAAGCCUCGUCGGACCCAAAGCCGUUGCAAGAUUGAUAGGCAAUUUACUUUUUCCCGCCCAACCGGCGGAGUGACCGGUCCAGAGCGAGAACAGUAUAAUUAAUAGCAGUAUGCCACUGUCAUCCAUCCAUCCAUCCAUCCAUCUGUAGUUCGGUGAUGGCUCGUCACCCACAUCAGUGCGCAACACUACCUAUCAAUAAACGUCGACUAAACGCGCAAUCGCAAACCUGUGCUCCAUCCUUACGGCCCUACAGCGGUCCUGUCAUCCAUUUGCUCCUGUCUGGUGAUCACGACGUCACAUAUUCCUCUCUCUCUCCAGAUCUCAAACGCCUGCCUGACUACCCAUCGCUGUCUCGUCGAAAAGUUGUCCGUGUCCCACCUCUCAAGCCCCGGCGGCAGGACAGCAGUCGCAUUUCCUCGCUGAAACCGAAACAGAAACCCAUUUUACGUUUUUCCCGGCAGGUUAUGACGCGCUCGGAUCGCCCUACAACACGUCCGCACGAAAGACAAUUAACCAAAAAAAACCACAUGCCAUUGCAAAAGAAAAAAAAAAAAAAAAGCCAAAGCCCCGUCCGAUCGAGGAAACGUGCAUAUCCGUUUUCUGCAAUGCAGGAGGAGUACAGUACACUUUGAAAGCCCGGAGCCCCGGUCUUUAGGUACACAAGUU